CGAAUCAAGGUCACAGUGUUCCUGGGCAGCGGAGGGUCCAGUUCGGUCGCAGAACGGGCUCACGAACGCCGAAGACGCGAUGGAGAACUCGGGCACGGCGGCCGUCGCCUUGGAUUCGACGGCGGCGACAGUGUUCCUGCGGCGGGACCCCCGCACGGAGGGCUGGGCCCUGGUGGGCAACAAGCAGUUCAUCGUGGGGCUGCUCUGCGCCUACGUCUAUGUCGUCAAGGUGGCCGGGCCCCGCUUCAUGCAGGGCCGCAAGCCGUACGAGAACCUCAAGCCGGUGAUUGUGAUCUACAACGCCGCCAUGGUGGUGCUCAACUGGUACUUCAUGGUGGCCUACCUGACGAGGAGCUACUUGGGCGGCGGCUACAGCUUCGUGUGCCAGGGCAUCGACUACGACGCGCGCGACGAAAUGACCAUGAGCUUCCUCGCGCACUGCUGGUGGUACGAGUGGGUGAGGGUCGCGGACUUUCUGGACACGGCGUUCUUCGUGCUGCGCAAGAAGGACUCACACAUUUCCGUGCUGCACGUAGUCCACCACGUCCUGGUGGUCUUCAACGGCUGGUACGGGCUCGCGUACGGAGCCGACGGGCACAUCGCCUUGACCCUGAUCUUCAACAGCUUCGUGCACGUGGUGAUGUACUCGUACUACUUCCUCUCCUUGCUGGGCCCCGCGGUCCGCAAGCACCUCUGGUGGAAGAGGUACCUCACCCAGCUGCAGAUGUUCCAGUUCGCUGUGCUGAUCGCGCACGGGUUGGUGCCGCUGUUCCUUGAGUGCGGAUACCCACUGGCGCACGUGUACAUCGGCCUGCCCCAGGGACUCUUCUUUCUCGUCAUGUUUCUCAACUUUUACUUGAGGAACUACAACGACAGGAAAAAAAUGACAGCGUCACAUAACGCCUCGAAGAUCAAGGUUCAGUGACUUCACGCUUAGAAAAAAAAAAAAAAAAAACCCUUUUUUUGUUUCUUGUUUCCCCUCCGAGAAUACAUGUAUUUUACAAUGCU